CUUAGAUGAAUAUACCGUCGCCCCUGAGCAAUCGCCAAGCCGUGUGCGGUACAACGCAUAUCCUGAAGAAUGACAACACCACUCCCGAGAAGCCACAGAACGUUCCGUGGGUUCCUGCCAUCACUUUCUCGGCGGUGACUCCGUAGGCCUCAUCGCACGGAGGCCGCCAUGUUGUACGGAACGAGGGCGCUGCCGCGACGCCUAUCCUAAACCGCCAUUUAGGCCUUGAAGCGGGGUUGGCGGUGGAGGCGCAUGCGCGCAGUCUGGCGGUUCUUUUGAAUCCCGCGGAGCCUAACAGGGAGGCGGCGGCAGCAGUAGAAGUCGGGCCGCUCAGGCGCUUCCUUCAGUCGCCGGGAAGGCCACAGAGGAGGCAGGUGUGUGGCUGAAGACCGGAGACCGGACCCGGGAAGGAAACCAGUCUUCCAAAAUGGACAAGAUUUAUUCCGAAAUGAGUGAUGAAAAUGACUUCACAGAGGGCAGAAAGAAAAGAAGGAUUUCCUCAAUUUUAAAAGCUCCCCAGUCCCCUGUCCGUGACUUAGGGAGUGGAAAUGAAUUAACUCAGGACUGCAAUGUUGAAAAACGUCAGAGAAACUCCAGGCGUGUCAGUUUUGCAGCUACUAUCAGCAUCUUCCCAUCAGAUCCUCCAACCACCGAGGUAUCAGACCAUACUGGAACAGCAACAGCGAAGGACCAAGACACAUUAAAUCAGAAUGCAGAACUAGAGGCUGACCUGUGUGAUAUCACUGGGAUGAACACCUUACUUCAUGCUCCCAUCAGGAUACCUUUGCAACAAUUGGAGGAUAAUGUAAACACUAGGCAAGAGAGGAGCAAAAUGGAUAGGACACUCCUCUUCUCAGAUGAAAAUGAAAUGGAUAUGACGUCUGGUCACACUAUAAUAAUUAACCAUGCCACUGAAAUCUGUCAAGACACUGAGAGGCCCAAGAGAAUAGCUCUUAAAGCAUCUUCAUCUGCAUUGGAAUUGAAACAAGAAGUUACACAAAUGAAUGAUCUCAGUUUUAUUAGCUGCCCUACAAAGGCGAAUGAGUCCUGUUUGUCUCAACAGAAGACAAACACUGAAAACACAACGAAAAUAAAAUUUGAUGACUUCUUGAAAAGCUUGAAGUCCACUAAACUAUUUCCUUCACCCAUUGCUUCAGAAAAAACUGUGUGUCCUUCAAAAGAGAAUGUAUAUACCUACUUAGAAGGGGGAAAUGGCAAGAACACAGAUAUUGGAAGACCCGCUAACAGGCAAAACUAUGCAAACAUUAAUGAAGGAGGUGUUAAUAUAAAAAUUGCUAGUAGUGAUGCCUCAGUGUCUUGUUAUCAGGGAACUAAUCCAUUUUCUAUGCCCUUUGGAUCUGUUACUUCUAUGCCUGUUCUGCAUGGUAACACUAAUAGAAAAAGUGGGGUUUUAAACAAUGCAGCAUGCUUAAAUUCUGCAGAUAAAACUUCUAUAUUUGGAUUCGGUGAGGACAUGGAAAUAACUAAACCCACACACUUAAUAGCUAAUCCUAUAAAUGCUGCUGGAUUCCAAGGUAUGCCAUCUCAAGAAAUGGGAAUUGGUAAGAAAGAUAGAACUCUAUUAGAUAAGACAGUUUUCUUUUCCCUGGGUGAAGACAAUGAAAUGGAGUUUACCAAGAGCUGUACAGUAGCAGCGAAGUAUGCUAUACAGCAGUGUGAAAGAACAUCUCAAGUGCUCUCUUUACAACCUUUGGAUAAAACUGUUUAUCAUACCAAAAUGGACGAGACUAAAGCCAUAACAACCAUAAUAGAUCAACCUGUAAAAGCUGCUGGUGUCCAAGCUAUGCAAAAACAAAGUGAGUUGGGAUCAACUAAUGUAACCGAACCAGCUUGUGACAAAACUCUUGUAUUUCCCCAGAGUAAAGACAAUGAAAUGGAGUUCACCAAGAGCCUUACAAUGGUAGUAGAGGGAGCUUCUCUAGCAGAAUCACAGAUACCUGCAGGGAGUACCAACAUGUCUGCAUUUAGCAGUAACAUGGCAAUAAGCAAGUCCACAGCUUUUCCAGAAGGUAAAAUGAUUGUGUAUAUGCACAAUGACGACAUGGAAGUAACUAAGCCUAUAAGUCACAUAAUGAAUACAUCUCAAGAAGAUACUGGUUUCAAGCCUUUGCAACUGAAGAAAAAAGAGAUGGACAAUGUGAUUCAAUCAAGUUCAGCCAAGGCAGAAACUAUGUGUUGCUUGGAUGAAGACAAUGAGAUGAUGUUUACGAGGAGCCAUACACUGUCAGUCAACAGUGAUGUUAUUAUCCCAUGGGCCAAGGUAGCUACUCAAGUACUCUCCUCAGCUCCAGUAGAUAAAAACAGUAUAUUCACACACAGCAGUGAUGCAACAAUAACUAAAUCCACUACUUUUGUUCCUGCAAAUAAAACGAUAAUGUGUAAUAACUCAAUAGAAAUAACAAAUCCCAUAUCAAGUACAUUUUUAAACAGAUGUUUCAAGUCUUUGCCGCAGCAAGAGAUGAGCAAUACCAGAAUACUAGGCUCAGUUACAGAUAAUACUGUUCUUGCCCCACAUGAUAAUGAAAUGGAGAUGACAAAGUGCCAUACAGUAACUGUUAAUGUUGAUAACAUCUCCCAGUCAGAAAACUCGCCCCAUAUACAAUUUCAUCAGGAUAAUAUGAACAUUGCAGGAACUAAAAACCCUAAGGGAAACUUGCCUUGGAAUGUGAUGAAGCUGGAAAUGGAUGCUGGAUGGGAACCCUCGUCAGAUCAAAUUGCAACAUUAUCUACAGCUGGCACAGAAAUGGUUAAAAGGCAGACAAUGCCAUUUGACAGCAGAACAUCUCUGUAUUCCCAGCCAGCUAGCCAGGAUGGCAGAGAAGUCACAAUCCUGCCACCUAGUGCUGUUGUUAAUGGGAGCCUGCAGGCACCUGAGAAACAAGAAAUGCUAACUAAAAACUUAAAACAGAAUUUAGGUGGUGUACCUUUCCCUACAUGUAGGGGGACAUUGGAAAAUAUAGAAGCUACUAGAUAUCAAGCAGUUAUCACUUACGACCCUAACUGUCCAUGUGAUGCUGAGAAACAAAGACCAAAGUCCUCCACAAGGUCAGAAGAAAAGGCUUUUGGAUUUUUAGGCGGUGAGAACAUGGAAGUGAAUGGUGUUAAAAUUCAACGUUUUCAUUCCCAGACAAAAUCUAGCUCUGAAUUUCCCAAUGUCAGUUUUGGGGGGAAACACGAUGCCCAAAUUGACAAUGAUAUCUCUCAAAAAUGCAAUUCACCUGCCAGUGUGACGCUACCUAUAGCUCUGGAAAUUGUCCCAGAACAACAGAACUUUUUGAAAAUCCAAGAGAAACGGCUGGAAUCCUGCACAUUUAAAGCUAAUUUUGCAAAAGAAUCUACACUGAAUGAUGGAUAUUGUGAAAAAAAUGAUUUGAUGUUUCCAGUUAAAAUGUGUGCGCCAUAUACAAAGUUACAUGAGGAAACUGCAGUUGAAUCAAACACAGAGAGAAUGUGCAUAUCAACUGCUGAAUGCAAGAGCCUGAAAGAUGAUCCAAGACAGGUUGGUAGCUUUGCUGGAGAAACAGAGGCUUUUCCAAUUGAUAAAAUAUCUAAGAAAUUUGAUACUGUGCUGUGUGAUUGGAGUAGCACUGCAAAAGAUAAUAACUUGGACCCUCCUCCCAUCAAUAACGUUACUUCAGAGGAGAAACCGAUCCUUUUGUCUAAACUAUCUGAUGUUGUCAGUGAUUGUUCAAAGCUUAACGAUAAUGGGAAGAAGUCUGAACUUUUCCUACCCUCUCAAGACAUUGAGAAAGAAUUGCCACAAAUGGCAGUGAAGCCAGCUGAUCAUUUGGAGUUGAGAGAAGAUGUAAAAAAUGUAUCUAAUAUUCCUAUUGCUUCUAAUGAGUGGACAAACAAUGAUUUUACAGAUGUUGCUCCUCUCUCUGUGCCCUUAAAUGCCUUGUGGAAUGAUAGCUGCAAGAUGAAAAAAUCAGCCCUGGGUAUCUUCCCACCUAAACUGCCAAAUAAAAGGAAGCCUACUAUUCCUAAUGUUGAAUAUAUUGGUGCCAGAUCAGAGGAGAAGGUAGAAACUCAAGGUUCAAAAAUCACUCAGUUUCUUAGGAGGUCCCUGGACAAAGUUACCUCCAACUUGAGUCCAUCUCAUUAUAUAGAUGAAGAACUGCUUCCUGCAUGUGUAGGUGAAAUGGAUUUUGAUGAGUCUCUUGGUUGUGAAGUGCCAGAAAAGCUUAUGAAGGAAAAGGAGCUUGCUGAUACGGAAGGCUGUCUGCAUGAAGUGUUUAAAACAAGUAACAUGAAGAAAAGAGCUUGGAAUCAAGAUGAUGAGAAACUUCAGCAGGAAAAGAAGCUCAAGACAGAUGAGGGCUGGAAUGAUGCAGUAGAGUUAGAGCAGCCCCUCUCUGGCACAAUGUUGGCUCAUGAAACACAGGAAGGUAAAAAUGUUACCGACCUAUUGGCUACAGAUAUGGAAAUGAAGCAAAGCAGCAACAGCAGCUCUUUGGAUUCGAUUAAGGCUGAUACAGACUUCUCUAUUCAACAAAAUAAUGAAAUGGAGAUUCCACUUCUCACGAACAUUAUUUGUGAACAAAAUUUGAAGGAGAAACUGCAGGAUGGUACUAUCACAGUCGGUGAAUUUUUCACACUCCUCCACGUUGAUGCGAUACAUCAUUACCAGAGUUUGCUCUCACCCAAACAUCCAGUUAACACAGCUCUUACCCCUGAAGAUGAGUUUUUGAACGAGUACGUUUACUGUCCCAAGUUCCAAAUUUACAAAGAAGAUUGCCAAGCUCUCUACAAGAUAAUAGAAGAAUUAAAAUAUGAAGAAUACCAGCAUAAACCUCUGGUGAAUGUGAACAAAAGUCUAUGGGGAGUAAUGAGAACCUGUUCGGAUGAGGAGCUGGAACGCUUUAGAGAAGGGCUAAGAAAAAUGAAAUCUGUUUUCCUCAAGAAGAGUAAAGUUCUUGCUCACAAAGGAAAAGCAACAUUAUAUGGAAAGCUGGUGCAAAAUGGACAGCUUCAGUGGGAAAAACUACAGUCAAGACUGGCUAAAGUAGAAGAACUUAUAAAGGAAAUGGACAGCUGUAUUCUUGCUCUGGAAACAGAAACUUCUGCAUUGGAAGAGUCUGAGCCAGAUGUCAAUGAUGCCAUGGCAGAAUACAAGUCUAAGAUAAGAGACACUGAGAGAGAACUGGAAAACUACAAAGCCAAGGAGGAGGCGCUUCAAAGAGAGCAAUCAAAUAUCAGAGAUAAAAAGAAACAGAGAGCUUCUGAAAUAAGCCAUCUGAAGGAGCAGGCAAACAGAUGUCAGGAACUUACGAAGAAAUACAACUUCUCUGAGUGGGCAAUAAAAGAGUGGAAUGAUCACCAGGCUGUUCUCACCUUCCUUUAUGAUUCUGUGAAGCUCACUCUCAGCUUUGGGUGCCCUGUAGAUGGUGCUGUUUUCAGCAACAGGUCCUGCAUAAAUAUUGUUGGUGUGAACCUUGAAUCACUGUUGAAUGAAGCAAAGGCUUUGCCAUCUUCAAAACUAGUACAUAGGCUCAUCUUCCAGUUUAUAAACAGUCAGAGUUCAUUGCAGGAAAAAUGCUCAACAGUGCAUCAUCUUUCUCAGGUGCUGCAUGACAUUUCUCUUGUGGUGAGUCGUUGUGAACUUCUAGGAGAAGAGAUCGAGUAUCUAAAGAGAUGGGGUGGAAAAUUCAAUCUGCUGAAGACAGAUGUGAACGAUACAAAAGUGAAGCUCUUGUUCUCCAGUUCUGUAGCAUUUGCAAAGUUUGAAGUUGAACUGUCUUUAUCUGCCAGCUAUCCUGCGUCCCCAAUAGCUUUCACCAUUCGAAAAUGCAUCGGCAAUCUUAAUCAAGAGGAAAUUUCUGUUGUUUUAUCCAGUGUUCCAGUGGGACCCAACUACUUAAAGAGAAUGGUCAAUCAGAUUCAUCAUAAUCUGCUCCAGGGUCCUUCAAUCCAAAGAUAGCAGAGCAGGGUGUGGGUGUGUGGAAUGAGCAAUUAUUCAGUAGUCAAACCUUUGCUUAUUUUCUUACUAAGGAUCACCACUUAGUGCUUUUUGCCUACUGAAAAGUGUAUAGCUAAGGGAUGUUGCAUAGUUCUGUUGUUGUUUUCUAGCACUUUUUAAGGCUACUCUUAAUUUCUGAUAAAUUAAUUUUACUGCAAAACUGAUGUUGCAAUUCUACUGCAGUAGUUAGUGCAAUUUCACAGGUCAAGUACUGCAAUGAUGUGUAUCUUCCAAGGCCUACAUGUGUAUUAAUAGCUAGCAGUAGUUUUUGACCCCUACAAAAAUAAAGAAGUUCUGUUGUUAGAAAGUUGCCCCAAGGUUAAUUAAUUACAACUACAAAAAUUAAAACAUUGCAUGUAGAAAAGUAGGUGUGUCAUCCAAUGUUUCAGACUUGUAAUGAGGUGAGUAUUGGUGCAUCCAUGCUUCUGUUGACUGAGUUAUUUGGCUUUAGAGUGUCUGCCAUUGUCACUAGUCCAGUCUGAUUGUUAAGAUUUUUAAAUUAUUCAGAUAGAUGUGGUUGCACCUCAUAUCUACAAAGCUUAUAUUAUUAUAAUAAGGCACCCAUAUUUUCUCCACUGUGAUCUCUAUUUGCUGGAUGAUGUAUGUAUAUGUGUAAAGUAUAGCAUUUUUAAUGCUUUUUGAAUUGUUUAGUUUUUUAAAAAUUUUGUUACUUUUGGUUAAUGAGGGAAGUAUAAUAAACCAACUUACACUAAAAAAAUUGUCUUAGUGGUGACUUUUAAGUUUAAGUAAUGCUGCCAACACU